AAGACCAUGACCAUCUCAUCCCCCCAUCUCAAACCAGCAAGAACCCUCCUCCAUCCCAACAUGAGGCUUCUCGCACGCACUCCUAAUUCGCUCGCUCCUCCCUCUAGCUCGGAGAACUUGUGCAGCCUUCGGUCUGUCACUUGCAAACCGAUCGUCCGAAUCGGCAAGACCGGCUCCUCCCGAACCGCCCGGUUCCGGGCCGAAUACUGUGCCGGGGUGGCCGGUCUCCAACCUGCUAAGAUCGGCAAGAGGUGGAUGGAGUACCAGGGAUGCGACGACUGGGAGGGUCUCCUCGACCCGCUCGACGACACCCUCCGCCGCGAGAUCCUCCGCUACGGCGAGUUCGUGGAGGCAGCCUACCGCUCCUUCGACUUCGACCCCUCCUCCCCGACCUACGGCACCUGCAAGUACCCCCGGAGCUCGCUCCUGGCCCGCUCGGGCAUCCCCGAGACCGGGUACCGGCCCACGAGGAACCUGCGCGCCACGUGCGGUGUCCAGCUGCCGCGCUGGGCCGGGCUGGCUCCCGGCUGGAUGUCCACCCGGUCCAGCUGGAUCGGUUACGUGGCCGUCUGCCAGGACCGGAGGGAGAUCCAGCGCCUCGGGAGGCGCGACGUGGUGAUCGCCCUCCGCGGCACCGGCACGUGCCUCGAGUGGAUCGAGAACCUGCGCGCCACCCUGACGUGCCUCCACGACCAUCACGACGGGACCGAGGAUGACGCGCCAAUGGUGGAGAGCGGGUUCUUGAGGCUAUACACUUCCAGGACCGCCAACUUCCCGAGCCUACGGGAGAUGAUAAGGGAGGAGAUCGCGCGGAUCGUCGAGACCUACGGUGACGAGCCGCUCAGCCUGACCAUCACGGGGCACAGCCUCGGCGCGGCCCUCGCCACGCUGGCUGCCUACGACAUCAGCUCCACCCUGGAGGGCGCGCCGAUGGUGACAGUCGUCUCCUUCGGCGGGCCACGCGUGGGGAACCGGAGCUUCCGGCGCCACCUGGAGGAAAGCGGGACCAAGAUCCUCCGCAUCGUCAACUCCGACGAUCUGGUCACCAGGCUCCCGGGCUUCGUCGUCGAGGACGGCGACACGUCGGCGGCGGACGAAAGGUCGAUCCACGUAGCGGGUAUGCCACGGUGGUUCCAGAAGAGCGUGCAGGACGCGCGCUGGGUGUACGCUGACGUGGGGCAGGAGCUGCGGCUCAGCAGCAGGGAAUCUCCCUACCUCCGAGAAGGGAACAUGGCCACGUGUCACGAGCUCAAGACGUAUCUCCACCUCGUGAACGGCUUCGUCAGCUCCACGUGUCCUUUCAAGUCAACGGCCAAGAGGAUGCUAAGCAUGCAUUACCGAUAAUCACCACAAGCAGUGGACAUGAGUGUAAAUAGUGGAACUUGAAGGGAUCUCCCUUCCUUAACAAUUGCCAACAUUCAUCGACAGUGAAGGAGGAAAUCAAAAGAAGAUUUCCCUUCACAAGGUCAAGGAAAUCCCAGACCAGGGACAACCUAUUUUUGGCUGGGAGUGAGAUGAAAUUAGAGCAGACAUUAUUUUGCAAGCAUCCUGCUUUUCUUUUCUGGGAUAAUGCCGUUGCAUCGGUUCGUCGGCCCGAGACAUUCUUGAGAUCUCGUGUUGGGAAAUUCGGCUCGCCGUUUGCUUGAAUGCCAUGGCUCAAAUCGCUCGAGAUUAUUGGCGCUUUUGGGACCGGCGGGGUUAUGUAAAUUUUCGACCUACGAAUAUGCAUGUUUUGUAGCAAA